AUGCCGGAACCGGUGCUCGAGGUGGAGUUCGAUCAGCCGCAAGAAGUGUUCCUUCCGGGACAGCCGAUUUCAGGAAGGGUUCAUUUGAAGACUGAGGAGAAGUACAAGGCGCGGGCGGUCAAUAUUCAGUUCGAGGGAAGGGCCUACACCGAUUGGGACGACUACGAGUCCGUCAGAAGAGUGUCAGUUCUGAGGGGCCUCAAUGACACUUUACUGUUCUAGGAGACUCGGCUGAAAAUAGAUGCAUUAUGAACGUGCGUUUGAAUUCGCUGCGUAGCGACUCAAUGGCGAUACGAAGUGUUCUUUUAGCACUGGUGCUCCGUAUCCACGACCGCUACGCAGCGAAAUGUUCGGUUUUCAGAGACGCCGAGGGCAAAACUCACUUUGACCGUCGUCGCGUCAACUACUCGGCCACUGUGAACUACCUGGAGCACGAGAUCCUUUUGUGGGCGUGUCGGGAUGGAUCGGUGGGUUCCACACGUUUCACUUCUCCUCCCCAACUAGUCUGCAAUUUUCAGAAUGAAAUCGCUCCCGGGGCCUACACGUGGCCGUUCUCGUUCGUUUUGCCGACGACCGUGCCGCCGAGCUUCGAGGGAAAGUACGGAUACGUGAGAUAUUCGGUGAAGGCGGAGGUGGACAGACCGUGGCGGUUUGAUAAGGCCAAAAAGAGGUGCAUCACAGUGUCGCCGUUGCUGGAUCUGAAUACUAUGGCCCAGGCAAUGACGCCGCUGCACGAUCAGGCAAGCGAGAACAUCGGCUUUUGCUGCUUUAAAAAGGGAUACCUGGAGCUUCGUGUCGACAUUCCAAAGACCGGAUUCGUUCCCGGAGAAGUGGUCCCUAUGAACCUGCACAUUCUGAACCACGGAAGUGUGCCGGUGACCGAGGCCAAGGCUAAAAUAGUGCAGAACUCGACGUUCAUAGCUUUCCGUCACGGACUCACCUCCAGCUACUCGGGCGACACCGUCAUGGCCGUCUCGAACCGCGAAACGAAGACCGAUCAGAGUACGGUGGUCAAGAUGACGCAGGCGAUGACCGUGGAGCCGGGACAGGAGCACAAGAUGGCUCUGGAGCUGCGGCUCCCCUCCGUCACCCCUUCGAUCACCCACUUCUGUCCGAUCAUCACCGUCGAGUACGUCGUCGAACUGUCCAUCGACACCUCCUCUACGUUCAACAGCUCCGUCGACUGCGCGAUUCCGAUCAUCAUCGGCACGGUGCCAAUCCGUCAGUUCCUGCCGCCCGCCUACUAUCCACAGGAUCCCGCAUUGCCGCCAAGUGUUCCGUAUCCGAUGGCCCCUCAAGUGGGCUCUGUCGUCGCUCCACCAGGAUACGGAUUCCUGCCGGCUGAUCCUGAUGCUCCUGGAGCUGCUCCGGCUCUUCCAGAAACGACUGACGGCGCAGUUGUGAUUCCAAGUGGUUAGUUUGAGAGUUUCUGAACAUAAUUCUCUUGUUAAUACUGUAAUUUUAGCGCCGCCAAUCGCCUACGAAGACUCAAUGUACGGAACGGACGGGACUCACCUGAAGACCGACGAGAACGAGGGACCGUUCGUGCCAAAGUACCCGGUGUUCAACGAUUUGCCAGUCUACAAUCCAACUGCCCCACCUAAAGAAUGA